GUGAGUUCGGCCGAACCCAAGGACGACAAGACGCCACCAUGCUCAGCCUCCUCCUCCGGCGGCGCCGCCUCCCGCACAGCCAUGCGGCCAGGCGUUUCUCUACCGAGACCUCUCACGAGUCUACCCAGAUCCGGCCAGGCUUCCUCGAGCAACCCUCGCCGCGGCCUCUCUUCGUCCAGAAUCCCCCGGCCCCGACCCCUUCUCCUGCCGCCGCGUCCCCUCUCCGCUCCGCCUCCUCCUCCUAUGCCAUCGCUGCGACCGUCGUCUCAGCUUCGGCACUUGCUGCCUACGUCGCCCUCUCUUUUUCGGAUCGGCCUUCGCCGAGGUCCGACAGAAUCUACUCGGACAUGGAGGAAACCCUAGAAAGGUCCAAGAAUUCUGUUCGAAGGAUCUUGGACCGAAUGAGUCAGACAGGUGCAGCCGCUUCCGUGCUUUGGAAGUCGCUGGUUUCUAUGCUUUCGUCCGCCAACCAUGGGGUCCGGUCAGGGUUCGAGUUCCGGGUGGCCGCUCUGCUUGCGGAUAUCUCGGCAGCCAACGAGGCACGUAGGGCCGCCAUUGUGGGGGCUGGUGGAGGUGCGGUAGUGGAUUGGCUGUUGGAUAGUGUAGCUAUCUCUGGACACGGAGGGGAUCGUAUUGGGACACAGUCGGAGUCGGCAAGGGCUCUUGCGCAUCUUAUUGCUGACCCAAAUGUUUGCCACGCUGUCUUGGGGCGGCCAUAUGCGAUCCCUAACCUUUUGAGAUUCAUCUUCUCGUUCCAACCGAAAAAAUCCAAGCAUUUUCCCCUGCUUCUCGAAUUGUAAUUUAAUUAAUUCUGUUAGUGAAGGAGUAAUGAUCGUUUUGUUCCUUCGGGACCAAAAGGCCCAAAACAAGUUAGUGUAGUAUUGAAUUAAUUGUGUUGUGCACCAGGACAGUCUGUGAAACAUUCAGCAAAGGAUGGUUCUGAUGUUUGUAAAGGAAGGAGCAUGCUUGUUGCUGCUAUCAUGGACAUAAUCACUUCAAACUGUGAUAGUGUUGAUCAACCACUUAAACCAUUGUUGCCUGCUAGUGCAGACACUAGAGAUAUUGCAACAGCCCUUGAAGUAGUCGAGGAAGGAGGAUUGCGCCUUGAAGUUGUUGAUGAGGAUGGAGAUAAUGAUGAUGGGGACAACGGAAUUCAGGGAAUUGGAAUAAAAGUGCUUGGGGGCACAACAAUUUUGGGAUUUUCUUCAAAGGAAAGCAUCUUAGAACUCAGCCAGCCUCUUCAUUAUCAGUUACUUAGACCUAGAGAGAGAUAUCAGAAUCUUGAAUUAAAGGAAAAUAUUAGCAGUUCAUCUAGACAUGAGAGAUUUUCUUUUACUAUCCCAGGCCUGUGGGAUGAUUUGCAGAGGGAACAUGUCGCUGUACCUUUUGCUGCAUGGGCUUUAGCAAAUUGGGCUUUGGCUUCAGAGCUUAACCGAACUCGUAUUCUAGAACUUGAUAGUGUUGGUCGGGCUAUUAUGACUACAUUAAGGGCACCUGAGAGAUCAGUGAAAUGGCAUGGUUGUUUGGUUGCUCGUGCUCUUGUAGAUGAUCCGAAGUUACCAUUGAAUGUAUCUGUUCCUGACUGGAGCUCCAGCCUUCUUUCUACAGCAUUUCAUGCCAGCAAUAGUGAGGAUGUAACUUUGGCUCAAGUAGCUUUGUCAGCUUUUCUUGUCUCCAUUAAGCGGAGUAAUGAAGCAAAGGUUGUGAUGAUGGAGAAAGGGCUUGAUCUCAUAAGAGGAAUUGGUAAGCAGUCUGAAAAACAUUGGCAUUUACGAGAAACUCUAGCCAAGGUAUUGGAACUAAUUUACAAUGGGGACAUGCACUUGUCUCUUGAAGAAAGUCAAAGAUGGUCCGGUAUUCUUCUUCAUUGGAUUAUUGAUGAAUCAUCCAACCUAACUACUCGUCUGUCUGCUAUGAAAACCCUUUCUUUCAUCAUGGAGGAUUUUGGGCCACAUUCAAUACCAAUUUCGCAAGGGUGGUUGACUAUAUUGCUCAAUGAGGUCCUUGGAUCUAGCAAGAAAGCAAACAUGAAAGGAAACAAUCCACCUAAGUCAGACAAAGUGAAGACUCAAAUUGAUCAAUCUAAUGCUCAAUCUGCAGUACAGAUAUCCAAUGAAUUAGCAACUUCUGUGGUUAAGCUUACUGGAUUUCAGUCGGAUCUUAAAUCAGAUACUUCUGGUAAUAGUCCAUUUAAUGAUUUUCUCUCCCUUGAACCAUUUUCUACUCUAAUUAAGAAUACGAAGAAGAAUAGUUUGCCUAAGUUUGAUGCUGCUGAUUCAGCUAUUGCUACAUUGAAAGGCAUAAAAGCACUGACAGAGCUUUGUGCUGAAGAUACUGUUUGCCAAUGUAAAAUAGCUGAUCUUGGUGCCCUUGUCUUACUUCGGCGUUACCUGUUAUGUGAUGAUUAUGAAAAAUUAGCUGCUAAUGAAGCAUAUUUGGCAUCAAGAGUUUUAGAGCCUCAAAGCCUUAAUGCGUCUGUCCCUGGUGAUUCACCCAAUAAAAAUCAAAAUAUAGAGCCAUCUAGUGUGAGAGUUCCUCCUACGGCACACAUCCGGAAGCAUGCUGCACGUUUGCUUGUAAUUCUUUCUCUUCUUCCAAGGGUUAAAAAAGUUAUUUCUGCAGAUCCUAUUUUGUGUAAAUGGCUUGAAGAUUGUGCAUGCGGCAAUAUUCCUUGUUGCAAUGACCAAAAAAUACAAAGCUAUGCUAGGGCAACUCUCUUAAAUAUAUUUUGUUUAGAACCUUCAGAAACUCAAGUGCUAAAUUAUAUGCCUCCUGUUGAUUUAAAAGACCCAAAGAGAAAGUGCCCUCUAUAUGAAGACAUGAUAUUCUUGCUAAAUCCUGAAUUGCCACAUUGGAAAGUUAGUCAGAAGCAUGAUGAGAACCAUUCAGAUGGUUCAUUUGGUCAGAUGUUAGUUUCUGGCCCUUCUUCACCUUGCAGUGUUGGUCAGUGUGAAGAAAAUAAUUCCGACAAUUCUAGCUGUCUUGUUAAUUCAGAGCAAGAAUCUGAAUCUUCUUUUCCUCUACUUGAUGUUGUCUUUGUCCAUGGAUUACGUGGCGGUCCUUUUAAGUCAUGGCGAAUAGCAGAUAACAAGUCUUCAACAACCAGCAAAGCUGGUCUUGUGGAGAGCAUUGAUUUGGAAGCUGGUAAAUUGGGUACGUGUUGGCCUAGUGAGUGGCUAGGUGCUGAUUUUCCUUGUGCUCGUAUAUUUAGUGUUAAGUACAAGACAAAUCUGACUCAAUGGUCUGGAGCUACCUUGCCGCUUCAGGAGGUUAGCUCGAUGCUACUGAGAAAGUUAACUAGAGCAGGCAUUGGUGAUCGACCUGUUGUAUUUGUGACCCACAGUAUGGGAGGACUUGUUGUCAAGGAGAUGCUUCAUGAAGCAAAGCUAAAUAACCUUGAGGAAUUUGUUAAAAAUACUAUUGGGGUGGUAUUCUAUAGCUGUCCCCAUUUUGGUAGCAAGCUUGCUGACAUGCCUUGGCGAAUGGGUUUGGUUCUCCGUCCAGCCCUUACUAUUGGAGAAUUAAGAAGUGGAUCACCCAGAUUGUUAGAAUUGAAUGACUACGUCCGUCAACUCUAUAAAAAGGGGCUUCUUGAUGUUCUCAGUUUCAGCGAGACACAGGUGACACCAAUUGUUGAAGGCUAUGGUGGCUGGGGCUUGAGGAUGGAGAUUGUACCUAUUGAAUCUGCAUUCCCUGGCUUCGGUGAACUUGUUGUAUUAGAUUCCACUGAUCAUGUCAACUCUUGCAAGCCAGUUAGCCAGACAGAUCCAUCUUAUGCUAAAACAUUAGAGUUUUUGAAGAAAUUAAAAGAUCAUCUUGGCGUAAGUAGUUCUGCCAAGCAGGACAAACAUACUGGAUGAUUAGUAAUCAUCAAUCAGAAAUUAUGCAAGAUCAGCAUUGAAUUACCCUGAUCUUGAAGGCUGAUCCAUUAAUUUAAUGAAGAGGCUCAUCAAGUAGAUUCACUGGGAAAGGUACAUGUUUGUAGGUGAAAUGAGUAGCUCAGUUGUAGAUUAUGUGAAAUUACUAUAUACCAUAAACGUGAGAUAUUUGCAUUUUUUUUUCCUCCCAUUUUAUCAAUAUUUUUUGAUGUAAAAUGAAUAUUCUCAAGGAAUGAAAAUGAACACAUAAUUCAUACUGA